AUGCAACCAGUUGUGAAAUGCACGGCAAUUGAAGGAGAUGCAUUACUAGCAGUUGAUCUGAUGAACCUAAGUAACGAUCAGAAUUAUCUGUAUAGGAUCGUUUUGGCUGUAACAUCUGGUGAGUGUUCCCAGUAUUUAUCUAAUCUUCAGCCGGGCCCAAUUUCACAUUCGCGGUGGCUAACAACUGCUAGUAGAAUACUACGUCUAUAUAUUUCAUCUAAAAAACCUACCGAAAAUCUAAUAACGUUAGCCACUUAUAUCGUUAAAGUUUACGAACCAGUUUGGUUCGCGAUCAAAACUAAGCCAAGAUGUUGGGAUGGAGCACGACAUUUGUGGAAAAUUAUUUAUUUAAGAAGAUAUCUGCCUCAAGUUUUAAGAAACAUAAUUGAUCCAGUUAUUCAAAGGAAUGCAUACUUUUCACAUCCUACUACUAGCUAUGCUAAGUGA